AUGGCACCCGUUGUCCUCAUCAUCGGCGCAGGCAGCAACAUUGGCGCCGGCGUCGCGAAGCACUUCUCCGCGGCGGGCUACUCUGUCGCUGUCGUCGGCCGCAGGUUCCCCUCCCCAUCGCCCUCCAAGGACCCGGAGACGGGCUACCUCCGCAUCCGCGCGGACAUUGGCGAUGUCGCGCAGGUCCGGGACGUCUUCGCCCAGGCCAGAAGCCACUUUGGCAAGGCGCCGCGGGUCGUUGUCUACAACGCCGCAGCCAUGACGCCGCCGCCCGACGCCGACAACCUGUUCAGCGUGCCCGUGGAGCAAGUCGAGGCGGAUCUCAAGGUGAUGAACUCUGGGGCGUGGGUCGCCGCCGGGGAGGCCGUCAAGGGGUGGACGGAGGACGGGGAGGAGGGCAAGCAGGGGCGGUUCAUCUACACGGGUAACUUGCUGAACGAACUCACAUUGCCGGUUGCGGGGCUGGUCACCUUGGGGAUCGGGAAGAAUGCGGCUUGGUCUUGGGUCAGUCUCGCUGACACGUUGUACAAGGACAAGAAGGGCUGGAGAUUCUUCUACGCCGACGAGAGGAGGGCGGACGGGAGCUCCAUUGGCAACGUCCCUAAUGCCGAUUCCAAUGGCAAGUUCUACCUGGAGCUUGCGGAGGGUGCAAAGGAUUUGCCUUCGACUGUUACUUUUGUGGAUGGCAAGUACCAAAAGUUUUAG